AUGGGGUUCAUCCAUCGCUAUAUGCAGGGUGUGCGUCAGGCUCUCUGGUUGACCAAAUCCAGUUUGAUCCACGGCCUGCCUUCUCACAUCACCUCACCGGCUGCAGUGCCUGAAAACCAGCUGCUGAAUCAGGAUGAGCGCGUGCAGAACGCCAUCAAACACGCCCGGUUCUGGGAUACAACAGAACCACGGCCCAAAAAGGAGAAAUACAGCAACACUCUGCUUCACAAUCUGCUCCACCUCUGCGCGACCCUGCAGCCCACUCACCCAGCCAUUGGAAGGAGGAUCCUGGCCGAGAACUAUUCAUUAGCAGCUUCCUGGAAAAGAGGUGAUGACCUGUUCCAGGUCAGAGGUCAGAACGGGUUGCUGCAUUGCAGCAUGGAUCCUCUGCCACGGGUGUGCGGGGAAACAGAAGUGUUGGAGACGUCGGAUCAGAUCCUGGAAAGCUUCUAUCCCGUCUCCCCCACCAUCGACCUGCAGCAAGUGAACGUGUACAAGGAGGAAAUCAACUGCUCUGGUUUUAGGGAGGGAUAUCCCUACCCUCAUGCCCACACACUUUACUUCCUGGAGACGCCUGAUUCUAACUCUAAGCUCCGCCCAGAACAGUUCAGAGCCAAGAUGAUCAUGUUCACCUUUGGAAAUGCUUUGGCUCGAGCGCACAAGCUGUACGGGACUCAGAGUGUCUUGGAACAUCCCAUAACGGUACAGGCAGUGGGGACCAACGGCCGAAUCUUUCAGUUUCUGGUAUUCCAGCUCAACACCACAGAUCUCUCUGAAGAUGACGGCAUCAAAAAUCAGGUUUGGUUGGAGGAAGAUGUCGAGCUGUAUGAUUUUGCGAAGGUGCGACCCCUCAUUAAAAGGAAAGAAGUAAAGCACUUGGAGAUGUUUUGA